AUGGUGCAAAUGGUUGAGAUUUUGUUACUCAACAGCCUCUUUCUCAUUAAUGGAUCUUCUUUUGGCAACUUCAGUAGUUCAAGGGGGGUUAGACAGGGAGAUCCAUUAUCUCCAUUGCUUUUCAACAUUGCGAUGGAAGGUUUCUCAAGAUAUUUAGAUAGAGUUGCAGCAAUGGGUCAGUUCAGUGGUUUUUCAAAUGUUCAUAAUGGAAUUGUGAUUAAUCAUCUACAUUAUGCAGAUGACACAAUCUUUUUUCUAAAUAACUCAAGAGAUGAACUCCAUAAUUUGUUCUCUUCCUUGAAGUGUUUUGAAUUGAUCGCAGGCUUGAAGAUUAAUACAACAAAAACUAGACUUAUUUCUAUUGGUGAUUGUCAAGAUUUACCUUCUUGGGCUUUGGAGCUUGGAUGCAUUACUGAUAAGCUGCCUUUUAUUUAUUUGGGUUUGCCUCUAGGGGCGAAGGCUAAUUCAAAAGCUAUUUGGGAUCCAGUUCUCACAAAAUUUGAUGUCAGACUUUCUCAUUUGAGUAAAAUUUCGUUGUCUAAAGGAGGAGGUAGAGUUUACUUCUGGUAUGAUAAAUGGAAUGGGGAUGACCCAUUAAAUAUUUCUUUCCCUGACUUGUUCAGGUUAUCUAAAGAUAAAUACUUUAUAGUGGCUUCACAUAUUUCUAAUGGGAGUUGGGUGUUUGAUUUCAAAAGAAGAUUAUGGGAUAAUGAAGUUAAUCAGUUUGCUUCUUUUUUGCUCAGAAUUGGGUCUUCUCCUCCUAUUCUAGAUAACCUCACAGACACAAGAAGAUGGUCUUUGGGAAAUAAUGGAGUCUUUUCUGUUAAGACUCUAUACUCUAAGUUAAUUCAGUCUGACGGUAUUGAUAAUUUUCCUUAUAGGUUCGUUUGGAAUAACAAAAUUCCACCAAAAGUCAGUUUUCUCGUUUGGUGUGCUGUGCAUGGGAAGCUCAAUACCAAGGAUAUGCUGUUGCGUAAGGGAAUGACUCUGGAAAUGGACUGCAUUAUGUGUGGAGAUGUUGUAGAAACGGCAAGUCAUCUUCUUCUUCACUGUAAAGUGGCUUACAAGCUGUGGUUAAACUUAAUUCCUUCAAGUUGGUGUUGGAUUUCUCCACAGUCUUUGUUUCAUUUAGCUAAUGGUUGGCAUCAGAUGUUCUUAAAUCAUAAUGUGGAGUGCUGGAAUAUGAUUCCUGCUGCUAUAGUGUGGGUGAUUUGGGGAGAAAGGAACGUGCGUACUUUUGAAAAUAAGCACAUCUUCAAAACAGAUUUUGAUUUAAUCAUCGAAGCUAAAUCUCUGAUUAUUGUUUGGGAUACAGUUUUUGGGCAUCAUAUUAUCUCGACAGAGGACAAUUGGGAUGCAAUUUUUUCCUAA